CUCGCCUCUCUCCAGCCGCUUCGCCUGGCUUGGCGGCGCCGGGACCCCGCCGUCGCCUUCGGCUCCUCGCCGCCCCCCUCCCGGGGGGCUCCGGAAGCGAAAACCAGAGGCAUGGCUUUCGCACCUGCCUGCUCACAGCACGCAGGGCUGUAACUCUCCAUCUCCUCGGGGGUGCGCGGAGAAGGUGACCUGCCACUCGUGUGGUGUCACUCGGAGCCGCUCCUCCAUCCAGGCUGAGUUCCAUCUCAAAAAAACAUAUAGCUGGAGGUUCUUCCCGGCUCCCACGUUAUCUUUUCUGUGAACGAGCCUGUAAGAGCAGCAAACAAAAUAGUUGGCGUCUGUAAAGGACGCGAUUUGCAAAGGCAUGGUAAUGAUGCUUUGUGAAGAUCUGCAAAAAGUAAACAGAAAAGAAUAACUCAUAAACUGUUGCCAGCGCCCGGGCAUUGUAAAAACGGGAAGCGUGUCUCUAACCUAUAUUAGUCUGCAAUUUCGAGUAAUAGUUGCAAAACUCGCUUACCUUACUGUGAGUUACACUGUGACCAGGGGAACUAAGACUAAGAGGUGGUUUUACACUUGAAAUCUUUGCAUUUUAAUGCACUUUAGAAAGGAGAGCUGUGUUGUAUAAUAUGUCCCAAAGCUGUGCUACUGGUUGGAAGUGGCAUACUCUGAUAUAUUUAUUUCUUAAGACAAUCCAGUACGUAAGUGUAGGAUACUUACACUAAGUUUUGGGUUUUUUUUCAACUACAACUUGUUCAAAGGUAUUUUGCCAGAUUUCUGUGUGAAAGCAUCUAAUAAAAGCGAGACUGCUCGAAAGCAACUAAAUGCCUUUCUUUCCUCGUCCUCAGUUGCUCCAUUAUUGGGCUGGCUUUCAGGAUUUUGAUCUUCUCACAGCAGAAGAGACAGCAGGCAACUGAUGGAGUUAUUUCCGCAAGGGUCACAGGAAGAGGAACUUCUGGAUUAGAUGUUUCAGUGUGAUAUUUCUGAAUUUUUAACAUUUAUUAAAGAUAGAAUAUCUCGGGAGAAAUAAACACUUGCAGUACUGCCUGAAACUGUGGUUUUUGAGGCAUCAUGUUUCUUAAGUUUCCUUCCCUCUUAUUUUCAGAUCAAAAAUGUUCAAAACAGGAAGUUUGACUUGUACCUUUUAUUUUGUAAGACUUUUCCUUACUUAGUUGAGACAACUGGGCUGUUAGCAUUUGUUGCUAAAAUCUUAACUCUGUGAUUCAGCAUCGCUGAAUUGCUUGCAGCUCUUGUUUGAAGGUUAUUUGUCAUUUAUAAUGUUAAAUGUUUCCUCCCUUUUUCUUUCCUAAUAGCCAUGGCAAUGACAGGUCCAACACCAUGCUCAUCCAUGAGUAAUCACACCAAGGAGCGAGUUACAAUGACAAAGGUGACAUUAGAAAACUUCUACAGCAAUCUCAUCGCACAGCAUGAAGAACGAGAGAUGAGACAAAAGAAGCUAGAACAAAUGAUGGAAGAAGAAGGCUUAAAAGAUGAAGAGAAAAGAAUCAGGAGGUCAGCACACGCACAAAAGGAAACAGAGUUUCUUCGCCUAAAGAGAACAAGGCUUGGUUUGGAAGACUUUGAGUCUUUAAAAGUAAUAGGCAGAGGGGCUUUUGGAGAGGUGCGACUUGUCCAGAAGAAAGAUACGGGGCAUGUUUAUGCAAUGAAAAUACUACGUAAAGCUGAUAUGCUUGAAAAAGAGCAGGUUGGCCAUAUUCGUGCGGAGCGGGACAUUCUAGUGGAGGCAGACAGUUUGUGGGUUGUGAAAAUGUUCUAUAGUUUUCAGGACAAGCUAAACCUCUACCUUAUCAUGGAGUUCCUGCCUGGAGGUGAUAUGAUGACACUGUUGAUGAAAAAAGACACUCUAACAGAAGAAGAGACACAGUUCUACAUAGCUGAGACCGUGCUAGCCAUUGAUUCUAUUCAUCAGCUGGGUUUUAUCCAUCGGGACAUAAAACCAGACAACCUUCUUCUGGACAGCAAGGGCCACGUGAAACUCUCAGAUUUUGGUCUGUGUACUGGACUAAAGAAAGCCCACAGAACAGAAUUUUAUAGAAACUUGAACCAUAGUCUUCCUAGUGACUUCACUUUCCAGAACAUGAAUUCCAAAAGGAAAGCAGAGACUUGGAAGAGAAAUAGACGGCAGUUGGCUUUUUCUACGGUGGGUACUCCGGAUUACAUUGCCCCUGAAGUUUUCAUGCAGACCGGAUACAACAAGCUUUGUGACUGGUGGUCACUUGGGGUCAUCAUGUACGAGAUGUUGAUCGGUUAUCCACCAUUCUGUUCUGAGACUCCUCAAGAAACAUAUAAGAAAGUAAUGAAUUGGAAAGAGACUCUGACAUUUCCUCCAGAAGUCCCAAUAUCUGAUAAAGCAAAGGAUCUUAUUUUAAGAUUUUGCUGUGAAUGGGAGCACAGAAUUGGUGCAUCUGGUGUGGAGGAAAUAAAGAGUAACCCAUUCUUUGAAGGGGUUGAUUGGGAGCAUAUCAGAGAGAGACCUGCUGCAAUUUCAAUAGAAAUUAAAAGCAUUGAUGAUACCUCAAACUUUGAUGAAUUUCCAGAAUCUGAUAUCCUUAAACCAACAGUGGCAACAAGCAACCAUCCAGAGACUGACUACAAGAACAAAGACUGGGUUUUUAUCAAUUACACCUACAAGCGUUUUGAAGGUCUGACGGCCCGAGGAGCAAUACCAUCCUAUAUGAAAGCAGGAAAGUAAUAAAUCUUUACCUGGGACAACUUCUGAGCCGUGGAAUUCUGUUCCUGUACUUUGGGCUUAUACCCAUAAAAGAACUUUUUCUUUUUUUUUAAAAGAAAACUUGAGGGCUAUCAACUCUUGGAGAAGACUUCAGGACCCUGAUUUGUUACACACCCUGUUUGUUACUAAGGAUUUUUUCUUUCUGCGCCAUUGAAAAAUUCCACAAAAUGUUUGCAUCAUCUCUGCUGGAAGCAUGUUUUGCUGCUUCAGGAGCAAGAGUUUCAGUUUUCUUUUUAAAUUCUUUGCCAGAUUGUAUAGUCCAUCAGGAGAUGAGAGCAAGCCUUCACUCUGACAUUGCAAAUCACCUGAUGUUUAUAUGGACUGUUUUGCUAGUCCUCCAUUAAGUGACAAACUCAAUCUGCCAAUUCUGCCAGCACUGUUUUCCCAGUGGCUAAGGACUUCAGUACAGAGGAAACAAAGCAAUAAUUAAAGCUUGAGAUAGACAACUCUCCAGUAAGCUAUCUUGUAGAAGGAUACAACUCGUAUUGCCUUAACCUUAGUUUGUAGUGCUGUUUUUUAUAAUGCUACUUGGAAGCCUCUUUAAUAGCAUUUCUCAACUCUGUUGCAGUGGCCUCCAGUUGCAGUGCACUUUACUUUUGGUACUAAGACAGUGACCGUCAAGCCAUUUAAUAUUUUUUCUAAAUUAAAAAAUUGUGCAACACUUUUUCUUUUCUAGACAGUGAUAGGAGAAACGGGCCACUCCCUCCACCAAGCGCCAACAGUUUUCAGUUACUGUAUGAAAAGAUGGAUCCGUAAACAAUGCAGAUAAUAAAAACUACAACUGGUAACGCAAGUGGAUCUGGAGUUAGAGCAGAGAGGGAGGGAAAUUAUUUAACCUGAUCCUUGGUGGGGCAUCUUGUGUACAGCUGGGUCAGCCAUGAGGCUUCCCGUUCCUGCUGCUGCCAUCUUUUGGCCACUUCUAAGAUCUGCUGCAUCUCCAUCGGUUUAAAGACAAAACCAUCUUCUGUGGCCUCUUUGAUCUUGGUUUUGAGCAGAACAGUAUCAGAUUCUUCUGUGAGUGUUGCUGAUGGAGGCCUCCCUGGCUUUUCCUUACAGAGCUCCUCUUGCUGUCAUGGCUGAACCAUCUGUCCCUGUAGUCUUCUGAAAAGACAGUGCCUCGUGGGGUCACUUUUGGGGCACUGGGACCCACCCACCAUGUCCACUUGUUGAUUAUUGACUAGUGUAAUUUAUAAAAGUACAUUCAGUUAUGAUCAGGUUGCUCUCCAGGAGAGCCCCAAAGUGCCUUUCCUUGCCUAAGCAUCUCUCAGAACAUCACUGCAUUUUGGGAAGGAGGAUUCUGCCUCAGUUGAGCUUUUGCUAAUUCCUUUUUACAAUCAUGAGCUCCACUUGGCACCUGUUUUGUAGUUAACUCUGCACUUCCAGGGGCAGGUAGCAUUAACCUUUGGGCCUGCCUGGUUCCAGUUUUUAAUUUGCAAUUAGAUGUUUUUUUUUUUAAAUAUAAAUUUAAUGAGGUUUCUAAAAGUAUGUAUCAAUUUGAACUGUCUUGGGUUCUUGCAAACUUUUAUUGGUGCUGAACACUAACUAUAUAGCACAGAAAAAAAACCCCGUUUAGAAACAAAGCUAGAGCAGUGUUUCACAGUAAAAGGAAGGCUUUCAGUUAUAUCUAGUCCUAACUUUCUAGAUUAGGAAAUGAAAGAAAAUGGGUUUGUAGUGAAACUUUUUUUUUUUUUAAUAGGUGCUUUUUAGGGAAUUUUUACCUAGGUGUCUUUUGAAUUGAGUGCCAUCAUGGACUGACUGGGGUAUUGAAAGUACCGUAUAUAGCUAAAACUGGGUGAUAACUUGUUAGCAUCCUCUCCCUAACCACCCCUUGGUGCUUUUUGUAUGUGUCCUAGGAGUUUAAUGAAUUGCCAUAAGCAGUUUAGAUACCAGUUGGAUCCUACAAAGCUGAAAUGCAAAAAUAGCCUUAAUUAGAGGUACCAGGAUCACUGUAGUCAGUAGGGCUUACUCAGAUGAAUAAGGGCUAACUGAACUAAUGAUUUAUAGGAUCAGGCUUUUUAUCAGCUAGUCAGUAAUACCACCUUCUGCUCCCUUUUUACUUUUUUAUGAAGGACUGAUACCAACUUCUCAAAUUGCUCCAUCUCCUUAUCCUGCAGUUUCUUCUAGCCAUUUGAAAAAGUUGCCUUAUAAACCAUUGGAAAACUAAGAGGCAUUAGUAUCGAAACAUUUUUUUUUUUUUUUUUUUUCAAUUCCUAACAGCUUAGUUACUGCCUUAAAAAAUAAAAAUAUCAAAAUCCUUUAAAGCUGCUGUGAAUUAGGAAUAAAUGAUUUUGGGAUAGUAGCUGCAUUAUUAGCCCUUUACUAAAAGGGACUGGCAUUUUUAUUUAUAAAUACCAAAGAUGAAGAAACUAAACAAUUAAAAGUUGUGAUAACUUGCUGUGGAAAAAACCCACCCCAUAUAGUAAUAUGUAUUGUGCAUUUUUAGUACAUGUGUUUUAAACUCUUCUGAAACCUCAGAUUGUUCACUUUUUGAGUUAAAGGUGAAGUUUUUCAAAGGCACAAGGAGCAGUUGGGUACCUCAUUCCUGUUGUCUUUCAGUAGAAGUUGGAUGUCUUUGAAGAUAGUCCUCUUGGACACACCUUUCCAGCAGUAAGUUUGUAUCACAGUUGCACUCUAAGCCUGGUUCCUAUUACAGCUGUUCACCAACACUAGGAAAAAAAGUACAAUGUCUUCUUCCCAGGAUCCAUACUGCACUGCUAACAGAUUAAGAUUUUUUGUAUGCCUGUUCAUCUCCCAUGUUAGCCAAACAUUUUUCUUAGCAGCUGGCUUGUGUAUUGAGGUUGUAUGUAUCUUUUAGCUCUUUUUUUAAGCUGCAAGCUGUUGCUGGACUUCUAGGAGUAAUUCCAAUCUGAAUUUCCAAUGGAUCUGAACAUGAGUUAUGCUGCCAGUUCAUCUCUGUAUCAUGCCUAGCACAAAACUGCACUAAGUGUUUCUUAUCACUGUGCCCUGACUCUGCCUUAACCUAUAAGUUGAAAAAGUGUUCUGUAAAUAUUUAAAAGCUGUUACUAAAUUGCACUGUAAAAUUUGGCAGGUGUAUUGUGUGUUGCUGGGGGAGCCAACUUUUUAUGGAAUGAUCUUUGCAUUGUGUUGUGUAAAUAAAAUCCUCUUAGGAAACACAA